CGGCUGCGCCGUCUGUCACCGAGCAUAUCGCGACAGACAGCCAUAGGAAGACACUUUUAGAAGGGAAGUAACCACCAUGUCAUUAUUGUCCGACAUAGUCCCGCUUUUGAAGGUUUAUUAUAUCGGCAUUAAAGUACUUCUUUAUCAGCUCUUCAAUUCUUUUGUUUUACCAGGAAGUUCAAUAUUUAUCGGCAUUGCUGUUAAUCCUUUCCUCGCAGAUCCAGUGAACAUCUGUCCCUCACAAGGUCAGCAGUGGUAAGUUGGUACCAACCAUUAAAAUAACCGGUGGCGCAGUCUUCCAAUGGAAGUGAGACUCAGUCAAGACUAGCAGUGAUCGUGAUGGAUAUUUCUGCACAGGUACUCAUUAAUGGCGGAAGCCAGUUUGUGGCCACGAAGAAAUGGAAAGCAAGGGCUUUGAGAGUGUCCCUUCAGACCUUAAACUGGCUACACAUCCUCGAUCCCUAGAGAAUUCACCUUCAGACCUUAAACUGAUUACCCAUCCUCGAUCCCUAGAGAGUUCACCUUCCGACCUUAAACUGGUAACCCAUCCUCGAUCCCUAGAGAGUUCACCUUCGGACCUUAAACUGGUUGCACAUCCUCGAGCUAAGAGCAAAGUCUGGAAGUAUUUUGGAUUUGACACUAAUUCGGAGGGAUGCAUUUUACAGUGGAAGAAAAUAUACUGCAGAAUUUGCAUGGCUCAAAUUGCAUAUUCGGGCAAUACCUCCAACCUUUCUUACCACCUUGAGAAAAAUCACCCAGACGAGUUUUGUGAAUUUGUGAAAAGCAACACUGAGCAAAUGAGGGAAGCUUUUGCUAUAGCAUUUUCAAAACUGAGACCAGAAAUGUCACAACAGGUUGCUCAUGAUGCAUUAAUCAUGAAAACUAACUAUAGCUAUGAGCACAAAAAGCACCAGGAAUUAACAACCGCUGUAAUCAACUUUAUUUGUGAAGGUAUGUAUCCAGCUUCUGUUGUUGAAGAACCUACUUUUAAGGCCCUUUUGAAAGCUGCUGAUCCUAGAUAUGAGCUUCCUGACAGGAAAUAUUUCUGUACAAAGGCAAUUCCUGAAAAGUAUAAUUUAUUGCGGGCCAUUGUACUUAAAGAGCUUAGUGAAGUUUUGUGGUGCGGCAUUUCUACUGAUAUAUGGAAAAGUGAAAAUCAGAACAGGUUAUAUGCGACAGUCGCUCUUCAUGCUUUAACAAGUACUUCUAAUGGCCUCAGUUUUAUAUCCAGAUGUCUAAAAACUUUUGAAGUGCCUGAAGAAAAUACUGCUGAGGCACUCACACGUGCACUUUAUGAGUCUUUUAUUGAAUGGGGAAUCAAUACAAAAGCAUUUGGUGCCACUACAGAUUACAGUAAAGACAUUACAAAGGCAUGUUCACUUCUUGAUCUUCCUGUGCAUAUGCCAUGUCUUGGACAUGCCAUGAAUCAAGGAAUACAAAAGGCCUUCCAGCUUCCAAAACUGUUUAAUCUUCUGACUCGAUGUCGGAAAGUGGUUGAGUAUUUUCAGCAGUCUGUAGUAGCAAUGUAUAUGCUAAAUGAAAAACAGAAGGUACAAAGUGCAUUGCGAUGCAUGUUGAUAAGUGAUCGAAUUGGUUGGUGGGGAAGCACUCUUGCCAUGCUACAGCGUCUAAAAGAACAGCAGUUUGUUGUUGCAGCUGUACUUGCUGAAGACAGCAAUAAUCAUCAUUUGAUGCUGGAAGCAACAGAAUGGUGUAUUGUAGAGGGCCUCAUUGAUUUACUGCAGCCGUUUAAACAAGUUGCUGAAUUACUUUCCACAUCUAAGUACCCUACAAUUAGUAUGGUGAAACCUCUUCUUCAUAUGUUAUUAAAUACUACUGUGAAAGUCUGGGACAGUGAUAUAAAGGAAAUCAGUAUGGCAAAAGAGGUGAUUGCUAAAGAGCUGUCUUCAACUUACAAGCAGACACCUGAGACAGAUAUGUUUCUUAACGUUGCAACAUUUUUGGAUCCUAGAUACAAAAAGUUGCCCUUUCUUUCAGUAUUUGAAAGAUCACAGGUAGAAAACAGAGUAUUAGAAGAGGCAAAAAGUUUUUUAGAGAAGGACAAAGACUACUCUUCAAUACUUGAGGAUAAGAACUUAAUGCUUUCUGAAGAGCCUCCUGAAAAACUUCCACGAACUUCUUCAUCACCUCCCCCAUCUUCUAGUAAUAUCAACAAUAUGUUAGCAGAAAUAUUUUGCCAUUCGGGUGCAGAUGAAGAUCAGGAGGAGUGGCGUGCUCAAAUCAUUGAGGAGCUAAGCAACUUUAAAUCACAAAAAGUACUUGGCCUAAAUGGAGAUCCACUGAAAUGGUGGUCAGAUAGAUUAGCACUGUUUCCUGUUCUCCCAAAAGUACUUCAAAAGUACUGGUGCAUUCCUACUACAAGAAUCUUCCCUGAGCGACUUUUUAGCUCUUCCGCAAAUGUUGUAAGUGGUAAAAGAAGCAGACUGGCCCCAGCCCAUGUAGACCAACAGAUCUUUAUGUAUGAAAAUGCCCGUAAUAACUCUGAAAAAGAACUUGGGGAGGAAGAUGAGGGUGAAUGGGGGUUAGAACAAGACCAGAUUUUAAAUGUAAAUGAUACUCUUAAUAAUAAAUUUUUUCCAUGAAAGAAAAUGCACUUUAUGUAAAAUGCUUAGAAGCGGUACUGAUACAGUAGGUCACCAAACCAAAAUCAUAUUAUUUCACAUUCUCUUACAGCUACUGUAUAUAAUAUUUAAUUAGACUGUUUAUUUUUUGCUUGUGUACUCUGGAUUUUAUGACUGGGUUGGGAAACACAUGUUAUAAAAUACUGAAAUAAGUUGAUGACAUUAAUGAUGUCUGGAAACAUACAUUGAACUGUGCAUUAUAUAUUUUUAAACUGUGUUUGGAAUUAUGUAAAAUGUAUAUUGUUAUAAGGCUGGUGAAAUGUUUUAUACGUAUAUGUAAUUUAACACAGCAGCAUUUUUUCUACGUUGAAGGAAAAGUAAGAAAUUAUUGUAACGGGUUCAACAUUUAAAAAGUUAUAUUCAUUUAACCAAUUUAAAAUUAUAUUUUUCUUCUAAUCUGAAUUACAGUGCUGUAUGAUAUGGUCUUUUAAAAGGCAGAAACAAUUGUCAGUUGGAGAAGUAUUCAUAAAUCUAAAUGUUUGUUGAACAA